GCUCUAUUCACUUCAGCUUCACUCUACUUCUGUAACAUUACCUAUCUGAUCAUACCUGUAUGCUUCAUUCCUCGCUUGCGAGUAGACGCUGGGUUUCAUUAGCAGAGAUCAGACUGGUCCACUUCCUCAGCAACGGACGAACCCAGGCGCGGCGCCUCAAUCAGACAAGUCCUCUGGCUACAGCUACCUCCUCUUCGGAAGUCAAAGGCAAAUCUUGACCUCGGAAAGGACGUACGCGCUGGCCUCCCAGGCGGCUGCAGAUAUUGACAUGGAGAAUGUGACGCCAGGUUACGAUUUCGGCUCUCUCGAUGACAAGCCCAUGGAUCUCAUGACUCUGGAACAAUUCGAGCUGGAAAAUCCCUACACUCCACCGCUGCCACGGCGUACCGCCAAUCCUCUUCGUACCACUUCGAAGAAUGGACAACAUACUGCCGAGUUCCAUAUGGCCUGCGAUGCGCGUGGCGUCCUGUGCGACUUUGUGUUCCACACUGUCGCUCAGGGCUGUUUUGAUGUCGAGCUCAGACUUGGUGGCGAAUAUGUAGACCGUAUAGGUCAAUAUGCUUCUAAGAAAGAUGCGAAAGAGGAGAUCUGCAAGAAGCAUUUGGCAACCGUCGAGGCCAUGCCAAAUUUCAAGAAGCGCAAGGCCAACGACACUGCUCAUUGUCUGUCAGCUCCGGCCGGGCUUGACGAAGAACUAUGGGUGAACCUGAUAUAUGAAUACACUCAUAAAAAUCAACUACCAGCUCCGGACUUUGAGUAUCAGCCGACAGAAGGCAAUACCGGCCCGUGGACAUGCGUCUUGCGCGUGCCAGGUUUUCAAUCCACGUUUGGGGGUCAUGACAAGCCAUACACGACAAAGAUGUAUGCCAAGAAGGCAGCCGCAAUGGAAGCAGCUCAAUGGCUACGGUCUGUAACCAGGAUGGCGCCGGCACCCGACAAGCGACGGAAGUCCUCUACAGGAUCUCUGGCUGCCACAGGUUUCAUGUCCGAGACUGGAGCAACGCAGGCUCUGCGAUCGAUGGACCUCAAUGCCAAUCAUGGCUCCCCCAGUGAGCAGGUCCACGUCCUUGCCAUCGAGCUAGGCUUCACGCAGCCUGCCUACAAACACAUAAAAAUCCCAGGGACUGAUGCAUUCUAUAACUCUUAUGCGCAAUUCAUCGAGAGGGACGUGCGUAAGGACGGUCGUCUCGAGGGCCAGAUUGGCAUGACUCAUCACGUCUACGGCAAAAAGGCUGCGCAGCAAGCUUGUGCUAUAGAGGUUCUGAAGGUACUUCACACGAUUCACCAGAGCAGGCAUAUGCAUUAGGUGGUAUACUAUGCGCUCCGAGGAAGAAUAUCAUGUUUUACGCUGGAUAGGACGACCGUCAUCGGUGUACUAUGUACUCGAUGUGACAGCUGCUGAUGGCUGCGAUCCAGUCAAGUGUAGAAAGUCGAUAUAGCGGUGUAUGCUCGGUCUCGUAGUAAUGGCAUUAGCAAACGGUAGGUAGUAUAGGAGGAUAAUGAAAACAUGUGUCCAAAUCCGG